AUGAACUUCCUCCGUAGAAGAACUGGCUACAAUUCAGACAGUGACGAUGACAAUGAACCCAAAUCUUCCAUAAAUAAAAGCAGGAAACCUCCAAAUACUGCUUUCAGGCAACAAAGAUUAAAAGCAUGGCAACCUAUAAUGACACCUAAAUCAGUGAUUCCAUUUUUAUUUAUAUUGGCUAUCAUAUUUGCACCUUUAGGUAUUGGAAUUUUGUUCACUACCACCAGAGUUGAGAAAAUAUCUAUUGACUACAGUACUUGUGCAUCACAUGAUUCUUCUUAUAAAACCAUACCUUCCAAAUAUGUGAAUUAUCAUCUCAAUUCUAAUAGUAAAGAUGUGGAGUUCAAAUGGAAGUCUGAAACCCACAAAGAUGAUUUUGAUGAUGAUAUUCCUUCAUGUCAUAUCCAAUUCAAUUUACCUAAGGACUUGAAACCUCCAAUUUAUUUAUAUUAUCAGUUAACAAACUUUUAUCAAAAUCAUCGUAAAUAUGUUAGUAGUUAUGAUUUAGAACAAUUAAAAGGAAUUGCUGUGUCAAAGGAUGAUUUGGAUGAUGAUUGUAAACCUUUGAAAUUCGAUGAUGAUGGUAAAAUUAUUUAUCCUUGUGGGUUAAUAGCCAAUUCCUUCUUCAAUGAUUCCAUUUCCAACCUUACAUUAUUGAAUGCUAAAACUUCUCAAGAUAAUGAAACCUAUCCAUUGUCACAAACAGGAAUUUCUUGGAACUCAGACGUCAACCAUAAGUACAAAAAGACAGAAUAUGAUCCUGAAGAUAUCGUACCACCACCAAAUUGGUAUAAAAUGUUCCCCAAUGGAUAUAAUAAGACAAAUUUACCUGAUUUGAAGACCUGGGAAGUUUUCCAAAAUUGGAUGAGAACUGCUGGGUUAUCUUCAUUCUAUAAAUUAUAUGGAGUUAAUAAGCAUGACAAAUUAACAUCAGGAACCUAUGAGAUUGAAAUCAAAAUGAAUUAUCCAGUAGAAAUCUUCGAUGGUACUAAAUCUAUAGUUAUCACCACUAAUUCGAUUUUUGGUGGCCGUAACUUAAGUUUAGGGAUUAUCUAUAUAAUUGUAGCUAUAGUUAGUUUAGCCUUAGGAAUCUUAUUCUUAUUGCAAACUAUUAUAAGACCAAGAAAGGUAGGAGAUCAUGAUUUCUUACAAAAUUCCAAUCGAGAACCCACUGCUAUUAGAGAGCAGUUGUAA